AUGCUUCCUUUUGCCAUACCAUAUCCACCAGAAAAAGACAAUGGAUUUUGGGGAAUUCCAACAUCUACAAUUGACUGGUGUGAAGAAAAUUAUGUUGUAUCUCCAUAUAUAGCAGAGGCAUUGAAUACGCUUACAAAUUCGGUGUUUAUUGCUUUGGCAUCCUUUGCUAUAUUUCAUGCUUACAAGAAUAAGUUAGAGCCUAGAUUUCUCUUGAUUGGGUUUGGAUUUAUGUUAGUCGGGAUAGGAUCGUGGUUAUUCCAUAUGACACUUAGAUAUCAUUUCCAGCUUCUUGAUGAAUUACCGAUGAUCUACGCAACUUGCAUUCCCUUUUGGUCCGUUUUCAGCGAAUUCAAGACUCAAAAAGAGUCGAUUUUAGUUGGUAUUGGUAUCUUUGUGGCUGCGAACACACUAACCGCUAUUUAUUUGUACUUUAAGGAUCCAACCAUUCAUCAAGUCUCAUAUGCACUUUUGAAUGCUUGUAUUAUAUUUCAAUCGAUCCGCUUAACUCAAGCACAUGUGCAUGAUGCAAGUGCCAAAAGGCAGCUAUAUAGAACCAUGAUCUUUGGUGUUUCAAUAUUUAUACUCGGGUAUUUCUUAUGGAACGUGGAUAUUCAUUUAUGUACACCUAUAAGAGCUUUGAGAAGAGACUGGGGUAUGCCAUAUGGAUUCGUGUUGGAAGGACAUGGAUGGUGGCACAUCUUCACCGGAACUGGUGUAUAUUUCUAUGUCGUUUACGAAGAAUACUUAAGAUGUUUUUUGACUGGUACAGAAAAAUUUUUCAAGUUUAAAUGGAUCUGUGGUUUACCAGUUGUUAACUGCAUUGAUCCAAAAGGUUUAGAUAAAUUCAUUGAAGUCAAAAAAUUGGCAGAAGCCGAUGCAGAAUUUUUAUUAAAUGAAAAGAAAAAUAACUAG